UAAACAAAACUGGUCCUCGUUUUGGACUUUCGGCCGCGUCUAGUUUGGGCCAGUCCAGUGAAAACAAAUUCAAAUUGGGCCGUGGCCCAUCUUGAACUAGUUUGGGCCAACAGAGAGAAUCGAUACGCUACAGAAACCGAGUUCAAAAAACAAAAAAACCGCCGCCGCAUCGUUUUGAUGGCACUGCAAGUGCAAAUCCACGAACGAAACGAUAGACAUGCUAAAAUCAGUGGCUGCGCGUGCAGUGUUAUGCUCAAGCUCUCCCGCUAGCGUUGCAAGAAAAAUGAGUUCCACACCAGCAUUUCCUAAGUUCGUUUCCGUGGAAGGCGCCGAUAUUCAUUCCAGAAGUAAACCUGACGGCUUCAGAUUCAGUCUUGUCUCGUAUAACAUAUUGGCUCAGGCUUAUGUGAAGAGCGCGUUGUUCCCACACUCUCCUUCCUCGUCUCUCAAAUGGAAACUUCGUUCGAACACAAUUUUGGCAGUUCUCAAGAACUUGGGAGCUGAUAUUUUCUGCUUACAGGAAGUUGAUGAAUUUGAAAGCUUUUACAAAGGAAACAUGCUGGACCUAGGAUAUUCUUCUAUUUAUAUGAAGAGAAGUGGUCAAAAGCGUGAUGGGUGUGGUUUAUUUUACAAGCAUGACCGUGCAGAGUUGGUUUUAGAGGAGAAAAUUGAAUACAAUGAUCUUGUGAAGUCAGUUCCCGAUGGGAACACUUCAAAUGAUAAUGAACACACCAAUAUCCAGACAGUCCAGCCAGAUAAACAAAAGGACGUGGUACCCAAAAAUGGAUCUAAAUCGAAUACAGAAGAUCGUGGAGAUCCCAAUGAUCCUCAUGUGAGACUAAAGCGUGAUUGUGUUGGAAUUAUGGCUGCAUUCAAACUCAAAGGUCCCUCUUGUCAUAUUGUUAUUGUGGCUAACACUCAUCUUUAUUGGGAUCCUGAAUGGGCUGAUGUCAAGCUUGCACAAGCUAGAUAUCUUCUAUCUCGCUUAGCAAAAUUUAAAACACUGGUAUCAGAUAGAUAUGGAUGCAUACCUGAAGUCAUUGUGGCUGGUGAUUUCAAUUCUACUCCAGGAGAUAUGGUCUAUCAGUACCUUGUAUCAGGCAAUCCUUCAUCAAACUUGAUGCCGAACUGUUUAGAGGAGUCUCCUAUUCCCUUAUGUAGUGUCUAUGCUUCUACAAGAGGAGAGCCACCAUUUACAAACUACACACCUGGCUUCACUGGAACACUCGACUAUAUAUUAUUUUCCCCUACUGAUCGCAUUAAACUAAUUAGUUUUCUCGAGCUUCCAGACUCCGACACAGCUGAUAUUGUUGGUGGACUGCCAAACUUCAGUUAUCCAAGUGAUCAUCUACCAAUUGGUGCUGAAUUUGAAAUCAUCAAGGAAUAAAUGUUCUUGUUUGUUAGGUGUUAUUUGAGUUAUCAGGUUUCAUGUUCAUUCUCUCCCCUUUGUGAAGAUGAAAGCAAGGCUAUGGGAGCAAGUGUACAAUGAAUUAAGUCAUAAUAUUAACACAGGCACUUGGCAAGAAGGCCGAACAGUCACCAAAAAACAAAGAUUAUUUGGGAAUUUUUGUUUUAUGUCGAAAAAUUCAUGGAGUUUGACUGACUUACCCUCCAAAAUUUGCACGAGUCUUUUCAAAGAAUUGUUAAUGUUGUAUUCUCAGACUCGAUAGUUUCAAAAAUUGUGUUAUUCUUUGAUUUUGGUAAACAUGUAUCUCAUUUUAGACAGUAUAUUUUGUUAUGUAUUAUUUUUGGAGAUAACAUUUUUGUGAGUAAAUAAAUGACAUUAUUUAUUUCAAAGGCAAA